UCGAUAGCUGAUUGUAUAAGCAUGCAGUAAGCAUUUAAGUUCCGUGGUUUUAGAAAAAAAAGAGUCGAAUUAGCCAUGGAAAAACUAGUAUGCGCCAGCAAGAAACUCAUCCAGAUGCAGAUGCCGCAGGUUGCAACAUCUGGAGUGCGUGCGUUGCUUCCGGGCUUACAAAAUGCGUGUCAAUUACAGCAGGUGCGCCAUCGACAAACUAAACACUGGAAGCCCGAGUUUAAGAGGUUGCGCAAGCUAAAGUUUGUGAAAAUUGACUUGCCUAAUUUACGCGAGAAACCUGAAGAUGUGAGCAAGGAGGAGAUGCGUAGCCGUAUGAAAGAACGUGGUGUAUUGCCUCCUCGCCCAUGGAUGGAACGUCCGUUUCACAUCAGUUGCACGGGUGGAAUAUUUGAGGCAUACGUACCCCCCGAAGGGGAUGGCAAGAAGUCUAUCAUAUCCUCUUCGGGCGCUAAGCAGAAACUAGAAUUUCUUGAGAAGAAAUCGAAGAGCCUUAUGGCCAUACGAAAAAUACGGUCUUACGAGGAGAAUUUCAGCACCGAUGACUUUGGCGCACAAGCCCAAGAGAUCUACAUAGCAGCGCAUACACAUAUGGCAGCAAAGGAGAAGUAUAAGAUCAGAGAGUUUGUGAGCGAACGCUGUUAUCCUGAAAUGAUGCACAAUGUUAAGGAUAAGACAAUACAUUGGCGUUUCCUGCAAUCGUUAGAGCCACCUCGUGUUGUGCAUGCGCGCGUCACUGAAGUGAUCACCAAGGAAAAUCAGUUUGCCCAGGUCACAGUACGCUUUCACACCCAACAAAUGCUGGCUAUAUAUGAUCGAUUUGGUCGACUGAUGCAUGGUAGUGAGAUUCUUAGCAAGGAUGUACUGGAGUAUGUUGUGUUUGAAAAACACAUUUCCAAUGAGUACGGGAAAUGGCGAUUACAUGACAAGAUCAUUCCCGAUUGGCUACCAGCGAAGCAACCAGCACCCAUUACGUAUCGUAUCACUGACGAAAUUGUUGAGGAAACGACGAAAGAGCUUAGCGCCGAUGACCAACCAAAGCAAUUGGAAUCCACCACAAAUCAACAGGCGGAACAGCUUAACAUGAGCAGCGCCCAAGUAACACCAACAACUCAGACGACUGAGCAGGGCGCUAAACCCACUCUGUCCAUUUGAUUGUACUUUCUGUGGGCCGCCUGGCGGCUCAGAAGACUUCGCGUUGACAUUGUACAAUAACGUUAAUCGAAACUUCAUAAAACCAA